CAUGGCGACCGCGACGCGCGUGGAGCUGCGGCGGUUGGCGCAGGAGGCCGCGGCUCUGGCCGGCGCCGUCCGCGGCUCUCUGGGCCCCCGCGGCGGGCAGGUCCUGCUCACGCGCCCCACGGGGGAGGCGCUGCUCUCGCGAGACGGGCGGCGGGCGCUGGAGGCUCUGCACGUGGACUCGCCCACGGCCAGAAUGAUGAUAGCGUGCAUUUCCACGCACUGCAACCUGAUUGGAGAUGGCGCUAAAACAUUCAUCAUCCUGCUCUCCACUUUACUCCAAGGACUUGAAAAACUUAUUGAAAGAGACAGUCCUCUCUUCUGUGAGCACAUUCAAGGAAGAGAGAAACAUAAGGGGAAACGUUAUGGAUUGAACCAAGUCUCCCGGUUUCUUAUGGCGAUCCAAACCCACAUCCUGGACCGCAUUAUGACACAGGAUAUAGGAAGGCAUUUUCUGUCAGUCUUUUCUGCCGAUGACGCAGACAUAAAUAGAAGCACAAUGGAGUCAGUAUUAGAGGCUUAUUUUUGUGGGAGAGUAGUCAAUGGUCGGCAAAAGUUCCUUUCCCAGUUAUGCUGUGAUUUCUACUACAAAGCCACCACUGGUGAAAAUACAACUGAAGCACUGCAUUUUGUGGAUGAAUGUUUUGCCGAGUUGCAUACAGCUGUGACGGGCCUUCCACUGUCCAGUUCAAGGAUCCUAGAAGGGCUCGUUCUUCAAAGAGAUUUUGCUUUGUAUUGUCCCUCAGAGGGUGAGAAAAGAAUUCUGAUCGUGACAGAACCUGUCCACACAGCUCUUUCUGACUUAGGUGUAGAAGUAGUCAUAACUGCUGAACAUCAGUAUCAAGCAUCUGAACUCUGGAUUGCAAAAAGAACAGAAGCUAUAAUAAGACACAUGCAGCACAAUGAUAUCAAGGUAUUACUGUCCAGUGUAAAGCAACAGGAAGUGGUUCAUUACUGUGCAGAAAGCUGUGGCAUAUCAAUUGUAGAAUGCCUGUCACUGGAGGAAAUCUCUCUUAUUUGCAGCAUCGCAAGAAUCUCACCAUUUAGGCCUUCGCAGGACAAUAUUCACACCACAAUCACUGAAGCCACUGUUGCAAAAUUUUGCCAGCCACUGCUUCUGGGUGGAAAGAGAUACAUCCACAUUGGUUUGACAGGGACUCAGACCUUUCAUCCCCACUGCGUGAUUUUCUGUGGGCCUGUCCGUGGGGUAACUGAGCAGCAUGCUUGUGCUUUUCAUGGUGCCUUCAAAAUGCUACGGCAAAUGCUUACAGUAGUUCAUCUAACUGAGUGUUGUGAACCGAAAUCUGAAAGUCAGAACCUUUUAAACAGCCGGUGGGGUUUGGCUGAGCAACAGCAAUUUAUGGAGGGACCCACUGACUGUGAUAAUAUUCAGGCUGGUGACAAACAACUGAUACCUUGUGGGGCUGAAAUGGAAAAACGUUCUCUAGUUUCUGCCCCAGUCGAAGCCAAAGAGCUAGCAGGUUCGCGGACACAUCUAUGUAAGUCCUCAUGCAUCCCCAUAUCCUGUGCAGAUUUAGAACGUCAUACUAAGUACUCAAUACUGAAUGAAAGUCAAAAUGUAAUAGUUGACUUACCAGAGCUACCUCUGCAGGAUAAGCAUCCAAACAAAACAGGAAUGGAUGAGCUGUCUGACACCCAUCAGUGUGUUCACACUACAGUAAAGGAAAGCACCAGUUCCAGACAUGCAUCAAUGCAGCUACAAGGCAAUGACAGUAAUAUAAGGCCCAGAUAUGGAGCUUCAGUUAAAGAUGGAGGGAAUAAUAAAACCUGUAUCCAAGGUAAUGCCGUCUCAUCUAUCAAAGCAGGAGCAGUUGUGCCAGUAGGUGGAAUCUUUGAGAUCCUGUUGCAUUACUAUCUGUCUUGCUACGCAAAGCAGUGCCAGUCAACCAGUACGUCCAUCCUUUGCUCCCUAAUAGCUGACAUUUUGCUAAGCAUUCCAAAAACCCUCUGCGAGACACAGAAAAAAAACACUUUUGCUCAGCUCUACCUCGAAGUCACCAGUGCCCUCAAAAGUAAGCGGCAGCUGCUACUGACCAAUCAAAAGAGCCUUGAAUCAGUGUCUUGCAAGUUCCACUUGGUGGCUUCUGUUCUUCAGUGCGCAGGGAGGCUUCUUAAUAUUGACCUGAUAGUUGGCAUUAAAAAGCUGCCUCAGAAGGCUGUCGAAAGCGACUCGGAAGGCGAUCAGUGA